AUGUCUGCCUCUAUUGUGGAAAUAAUUGUAACUAGUUUCCUAUUUUUCGCAGUGGUAUCUGCCAUUGGUUGCGUACCUAUAUACUAUGUUAAGAACACACAAUCAUUGGGCAACGAGAAGUAUCUUGGUAUACUUUCACUAUUUGGAGUAGGUAUGCUGUUGGGGACUGCAUUCAUGCUCGUAAUACCGGAGGGUAUCAGUGCGUGUUUGGAGCACGAAGGAAAUGUGGGUGUCAAUUUGCUGAUGGGAUUUUUGGUAGUAUACGCUUUGGAUCGGGUAGCGUCGAUGGUAUCUAGAAACUCGGCACAUAUAAGGUGGUGUUCGUUUCUGCAGGAAAGAUGCGAACUAGAGUCACUUAGAGACAUCUUGAAACCCAAAAAAGUGGUGUCAUUGGUGGUGAGAAACCAGGUAGUAUUUGCCCUGGUGGUGCACGGUUUUUCGGACGGCUUGGCCAUGGGCGCCUCCACAAAUAAUGAUUCAGUCAAGGUGGCUACUCUGGCUGCCAUAAUAAUCCAUAAGAUCCCAGCUGUUCUUUCGUUGUCUAGUUUGAUGGUCACGAAGCAAAAACUUCCUACUUUAGAGGCAAUUUCUAAUCUCUUGGCAUUUGCUGCCUCUACGCCCCUGGCCUAUUUUGUGGUUUCUUUAAUCAACAUGGAAAACUGGGGUCCCUUGGAAUGGAUAAGUGGUAAUGUUUUACUUAUGAGUGGUGGCAGUUUGUUGUACGCCGCCGUUUCUGCGCUAUCUGGUAAUCACAAGAAUCACGAAACCUACGAAUAUUCCGAAACCGAGGUAAAUCUGGGGCUUGAACCAACUGCACUUGAUAUCAAUUAUAAGGAUAUGACUCCCUUCCAGUUGGUUGACGCAGGCGUACCGAACGCUAGUUUACCUUACGACGAGUCUGUAUAUGUAUUGUGUGGGGUUAUAGUACCCGUUGUGGUCUCAUACAUAAUUCGCGAAAAGGAUUAG